AGCUCGCUCAGUCUGUUAAUAAGUCAGCUAGCUAGCUUUAGCUUUAUGGUCCUACUAAUCAGAUGCCAAUAAUUGUUAACUGUAAAUAUGACAGUGAUCGCAGUAACUCGCUCACUACCUAGCUAGCAUUCAUUUCUCCGGUUAACGGGAAGAAGGGCUUCGCAGGAAACUUGCCAAUAAACCUAGCUAGCAAUCAUUGAUGCUAGAACGAAAUGCUGGGUUACGUUACAUCUUAACUUCUAAGUCUCCAUUGUUUUAAAGCAUUGGCUUUGAUUUCCAUUAUUCACCGUUAGCCAAUGCCCUUAGCUAGCUAACUACGAUGGGCAAUUCAGAAAUUACCAGACUACCAGAUAUUUUCUUUGUCUUGUUAGCUAUCUUAGAUAAUUAUUUUAACGUUACUAACUACAGCAAUACUACUUAAAAGGUUUCACAUAGUGACAAACUGGCAUGUGAUUUAAUAGAGCUGUUAGAGAGUUUUACAUGUAAUUUUAUGUUGCUUAAAAGCAAACGUUGAUUAAGCCCAUGAAUCUGCUGCCGUAACAUCGUCGAGACUAUCACUAGACUUACUGCCUGCAGAAAUGGCAAAAAUGUAUCACAAAGAGAAGAGCAUUCAGAUCAAGAGCAGCGCAUCUGCGCUGUUCAACAACCUCAGCGUUCUGCGCAUAGCCCCACGCUGUCUCACCUAUUUCACCGUGGUGCAUGCCAACGUUGUCAACAUGGUCAGCGCCUCUUGGGAUGGGCUAAAUUACUCACAUCGCCAGCUGCAGUCCAAAGAGGGCAACGUGGCCGCUAGCUCUUCACUUAUCAUGCAGGCAGCAUGGUGUGUCCUACCAUCUAGGGAUCUCCUUGUCCUUACCUCUCAGAAGGGGAUUCAGAUGUAUGAGUCUGAUGGGUCUAUUAUGGUGUACUGGCAUGCAUUGGAUACCCCAGAGACUCCCACAGCCCAAGCAAUGUUUGCACGCGGAAUUGCUGCGGUAGGAGACGCAUACAUCUGUGUGGGGGUCUCCUUUGGUUCAGUGUUGGUGUUUGACAUUCCCAGCAAAGGAAGCAAUAUCACACUGUCUGAAGUCCUCGAGGAGCACACGGAGGCUGUCACUGACAUGGCUGCUGAGUGCUCUGGCAGUAUGGAGUACAUAGCUGAUCUUGUGACUUCCGAUGACUCUGGCCUUCUUUGUGUGUGGAAGUCUGGAGGGGAUUUCCAGCUUCUCAACAAGAUCCCCGGAUUUGACACGAGCUGCUCUUCUGUGAAGCUGUGGAAAGGCAUAGCGAUUGCUGGCUACAGCACGGGGCAGAUCCGCCUGUAUGAGGCCAUUACCGGAAUCCUGCAUGCCGAGGUCAAUGCCCAUGCUCGCUGGAUCUACUCCCUGGAUAUCGCUCCCUUCGCUGGGCUGCUGCUGUCUGCAGCUGAGGACUCCCUGGUCCGAGUGUGGCAUUUAAGCCUGGUCCCAGAAACCAACAGUGUGGAGAUCGAGCAUCUUUACAAUGAGUGUGUGACGGACACACAGAUCUGUGGUGCCAAGUUCUGCGACGGUGAUGGCUGUGCGUUCGCCGUCACCGGAUACGACCUGAGCGAGAUCAUUCGCUACACACAGGUUUAGACGUGGCCCAUAUCUGCCGUCUGUCCCCCCCAUCAACCCACCACUCCCCCCCCCCCACUUGGAAAGCUCCUGUGAGGCACAUCCCCUCGACCACAUUCCAUGGUGCUAAAGCUGAUUGUCCACGUGUGAUUUGGCUUGUGCCACAUGCCUUCACUGUUGUCAUUUAGUCAUACCUGGACAUUUUUUGAAUGAGACCUCAGUUUAUGGAUGAGCGAAACAUACUAGUAAUGUUUAUUGACAAACACUGAUCGGUUUCCUCAUACAGGGGCUAUAGGUAGAAAUAUAGGGUGAAAUGUAAAAGAACAGUAUAGAGAAAUAUAUGUAAAAAGAGCCAUAACGGUGAUUCUAAUGUGCUCUAACGGGUGCUCUAAUGCACAUUUUAAAUACCAGAUACUGGAUGUGAAUGAAUUUGGUAUGCAGGUGUAUAUAUAUAUAGACCAGAAGAUGUAGUAAUACAAUGUACAUUAUAUGUCUUAUAUUGUAUAACAAGGGUGGACUUUGUCAACAUAUGAAUGCAUUUAUUUAAUGCUGAUUAACUAUUGUGUUGAGGUGUUAGAUGUUUUUGAAGCCUCACAUCAGAAGAAAAAUAUCUGUAGUAUGUAGUAUGAAAUUUUUUUCAAAAUCACAGGUUAUAUAUGGAAGAAUUGUAGUCAAUAAACGUUCAAGCAUUUUGUCAGUAAUUGUUGUGUUUUAAAGUUUCCACCAGUAGAUGGUGCUAGUAAAAUGAGAUGGAUAGGAAAUCAUUACGCUUUAACAAUGUCAGUGAAGUGUUACUUUUCUAACAUUCACUGAUGAUGAUUUAUCAUGGUUUUACAUUCGUCUUAUAAACCAUUGACUGUUAUGGUAAUUUUGUGGCAGUUUGUAAUUAAAAUAUCGGAUCUUCCUGUCA